UCAGAUUCAUAUUGAAAACCUUGAGCAUGACCAGCAACUGACAAACAACCGGUGUGGGUGUGAUGGGCCGAGGUACCAGAAAGGAAAACGAAAGUACUUGCGUGUUAAACAGCUGCAGACAUGGCGACAGCUCUCCAGUCUGACAACGAAGACGACUUUGCGUUUAGUGAAUCGAAAGCCAGUGAUGAGUCGACCGAUGACAGAGACUCAGAUGAUGACUCGGACGAUUCUCAGUUGAAUGUAACGGAGCCAUGCAAGUAUUACAACAAAGGUCACUGUCGGGAGGGAGACAGGUGCCUUUACUUGCACGUCUGUAAGUUUGCCCUGAGAGGAAACUGUCGACACGGGUCCAGAUGUAAGCUGAAACACCCCAGGGGUCGAAAGCAGUCCUCCCCUACAAGCAGCGGGGCUUCGGAGCGUUCGACAUCUCGAGAAAUAAAGAUUACUGAUGGCCGAUGCUACCAGUGGCAGUUGAAUGAUGGGACUGACUGGAAGGAUGUUGACAAUGAUCACAUAAUCGAGGCCCAGUACUGCCUGCCCCAUAGUAAAAGCAUUAAAAUCUACAACACGCCAUAUGGAGCAGUGACCAUAGAUCUUGACAGGAUGCGAGUGUGUGGAAAGAGCCUGAGAGUGAGACGUCUGGAUGACGGUAACACCGUGUGGACCUGGUUCUGCACUUUGAGUCAUAAGUGGAUCAAGUACGGAGACAAGGAUUCCAAGGGCAAUGUAAUUCCUGUGAAGAGUUCUGACAUAGAGCAGCAGUUCCAGAGUGACCCAUCAAGCUCUUUUACUUUCAACGUCCGUGCUGAUACCCUUGAGAUUAAAUUCAGAGAAAUGCGACAGGUGAGUACGAACAGAGUGCGGAAAGUCGCUCGUCGACCACUUUACCGACAGCGCCAGGCCGGGGCUGGAGUUUCUCAAGCGGCCUCAGCUUUGCAGAAUGUUUCUCUGAGCACCAAACCACAAUGGCAGUUCAAGGGAUCCGGUGGAGCAUGGUACGACUUCAAACACAGGAGCUGCACGUCGACUGAAUGCUCAGUCACCAGUGAUGACAUUGAGAGGGUGCACCAGCAAAACUCCGAAGACAGCAUGAGCUUCACAGUGAAGGGAGAGUCCUACAAGUUAGAUUUAAGAGCAAUGAUGCAAACCAACCUCGUGACCAAGAAGACACGCAAGAUCAGACGUGUGCUGGUAUAAGUCACGAUCGAGGAUUUUGACCUCCGGAAGAAAGUCCAGAGGAGAGAUUAAUUUAUUUGGGGAGCAUUCUUUACUUUACAUACUUUUAUAUUGGUCUUGUUAUGGCAUAUUGAAUAUUGUGUUUACAUUAUAAAUGAAUUCAGGAUCAGAUUUAAUUAUCCUGAAGGAUAACAACAAGUGUUGUUUUUAAAAAGUAUUUACUGUCACACACACGCACCUAAAUCCUGCCUGACAACCGUGCACUCAGAUACUAUAUUGUGCCACCUUGCCUUUAAAAGAUUUUUAGAUUUUAUCUUAAAAAGUAACACUCCAAGUAAAAAGUAAAUGAUUUA